UCUCUCGUCCGCUCCAUGCGCGCCAUUGGCGUCAACAUCGGCACCUGCGGCACCCACACCGUCCGCCUCCGCCCCAUGCUCAUCUUCGAGGAGGCUCACAUCCCCAUCCUCGUCAACGCCCUCGACAAGGUUAUCGGUGCUCUUUAGGCGACUGGUUUCGAAGAAAAAGUGGCCUGUCAGGACGGAGUUUAUACCAUCAUGUUAACUAGCGUGCAUUUGUUUAUGAGGAGAACUGUGGGAAAAUAAGGGUGAUGAUGAUUUGAUACGGUAAUACCUGGGUAUGGGAACAGACGAGUGUCGUAUAAGACGAAGUAGUUCUACGCCGGGCGUACAUUUUCAGGAAAUGGGAAUACAUGAAGUUCUACCACGGUUCUGGAUUUCUGGUGAAGGUCAAUCGGCUCGUUUUGAGUUAUUUUUUAUUCACCUCAUCACUCCUGUCUUACACGCAACACGUCAACUCGGCAAAGGAAACCCAAGGCCGGUGCACGUCCGGUCCCAUCGCGGCUCACUCGGGAUUGCGUCGGACAACCCUUGUCUGCCGGAAGACUGGGCCUGGAGAAGACUGCCACGUGCUAAUCUUAUCGCAGAAGCGAACGAACGAAACGAACGGCUGCGACCGGCAACAUGCAGUGGUCGAGGCGUGACAGCGGUAAUCUGCUCUCUGGCUGGACUGGGUGUGGUCUGGGCGGGGCACGUCAGCGAGCCAUCUGGAUCCCUCUGCGUGGCUUGCAUACGAAGGGAUUGGACGCGACUGUUCGGCUGCUGCAUCGCAUCACGGAGGAUCGGGAAUCUGCGAUCACAAGGGUCUUGCUGUCGUCGGAUUCGGCCGACACACUAGCUACGCGGAGGAUUGGGGGCGCCGGGCCGCUGUACGGCA